UGGAGAACCGUACAAAAUAAAUUACUUGACAGGUCGACCUCUCAAAUUUAAGCCUCUGAAUCAGAAUCUCAACGAUGAUCGUCGAUUAAGAUUAAGAAUGCAAAGCUGAUCCCUUGCUGCGUAUUGGUAAGCAACGUUUCUAAUUGCUGUCGCGGCAGGGAUACGAGCUUGGCUCGGGCAACAUACAAGAAAAACAAAGCUAACAAUUAAAACAAAGUAACGCUUUUGAGUUCCUUUGUGACGCAUACUAGAAGCAAUGCAGGAAUUCCAGAGCUUUACCCGCAUCCUCUUCACUCCCCUAGUCGUAUGGGGGAUGGUUGUAGGUGCCUCCCAAUUAGAGGGCUUCUGUGGUGGGGGGCAAUGGGAGGACAGUAUUUAUGCCAAAGUUACCAAUCCCACUCUCUCCCCGUCCCAUCUUAAAGAUUUACCUGGUUUUACACGAAGUGUGUAUGAGAGGAAUUAUGCUCUAAUCACACCUGAGAGCCAAGUUUUCAGUGCCCUCCCUGAUUGGAUUAAUACUUCUGGAGCAUAUCUGAUUACUCCAGCUAUGGGCUCUCAUUUUGUCAUGUACCUUGCACAUAUGGAAGAGAAUGCAACCUCGGUCCUUCCACAGCAAGAUAUUGAAAGGUUUCUAUUUGUAAUUGAGGGUGAAGUAGUCCUUUCGACAGGUGCAGAUGUUAUUAAACUACCUGUUGAUUCAUUUGCAUACGCGCCACCAAAUUUAAAGCAUUCUGUGAAAAGCGAUAUCUCUGCCACUCUUGUUGUUUUCGAACGCAGAUACCAGAGAUUGAGAAAUGAGGAUCCUCAAUUUAUAACAGGUUCAACAGACAAGCAAGUACUUUUAGAAACGCCAGGAGAGGUGUUUGCCUUAAGGAAACUGCUUCCAACAACAUCUAUGUAUGAUUUUAAUAUACAUAUUAUGGAUUUUCAACCUGGAGAGUAUCUCAAUGUCAAGGAGGUGCACUACAAUCAACAUGGUUUAUUGCUUUUGGAGGGGCAAGGUUUAUAUCGCUUGGGUAAUGAUUGGCAUCCUGUGCAAGCCGGUGAUGCUGUUUGGAUGGCACCAUUUGUCCCACAAUGGUAUGCAGCACUUGGGAAGACGCGAACACGCUAUUUGUUGUACAAGGAUGUCAAUAGGAAUCCUUUGGAUUAUACAUACUAGUUUUCAUGAUGUCAUGAGUUAAAUAUUGCAGAUGAGGCUCCUUUAAUUGGCCUCAUUUUACUAUAUAUUCAGUUCAUGUGUGCAUAACGUUUACUUGGCAUUUCUUGGGGACAAUUUAUAUGCAAAUGCAAGGUUUCUGUGUUAUCUACAGAAAUUAGUUGCUUUUUAUACCCAUUGUAGUUUGAUUACAAAAAAGAUCUUUUAUGACACGGGUAUCUUUCCAUUGGGUUUGUUACAUUGGAAUGUUUACCUUUUCACUUACCAUCAAAUGGAAGAACUCGUAUCAUAAAAAUAUUAUGUUACAUGGUAGUUUUAUGCCAGCUUUAUGAUUGAAGUAAUAUCCAUCCUUCCA